AUGAAUCACAUUGUGCUGCUGCUGUUCAGCCUCGGGGUCUCUGCAGCACAUUGUUCUGGCAGCCACACUCUCCAGUAUCACAUAGCGCUGGUAGCCACCCCAACCCCGGGUGUGCCACAAAGCACAAUCACUGCGUAUCUAGAUGGCUUGGAGUAUGGAAGGUACGACAGUAACACCCGCCGGGCGAGGUUUUUGACUCCAUCACUGAGUUCUCUGACUGAGCACCUGGAGAUGCAGACUAAAUGUGCUCAGGGGUUUGAGGUUAUUCAGAAGCACAAGAUGAAAUUCCUAAUAGCGUAUUUAAACAAAACGCAUGGCAAUGGAGGCCGCCAUGUUUAUCAGAGGAAGACUGUCUGUGAGCUGAAUGAGGAUGGUACAAUUGGUGGAUACGAGGAGAUUGCAUUUAAUGGCAGGGAGGUUAUGGCUUUGGAUAAAGAGAAUGAGGUGUAUGUGCCUGUAACACAAGAGGCUCUGACUAUGACCCAGCAGUGGAAUCAGUAUUAUAAUCAUGCAAAGAUGCACAAGAUCUACCUGGAGAAUGAUUGUAUUCAACACAUGAAGCUGUAUCUCCCUUUAAUAUCAACCGACAUGGAGAGGAAAGUUUCCCCUAAAGUGAAGGUUUCCAGCUCAGAAUCAGACAGGGGCAGAAAACUGCACUGCUGGGUGUAUGGGUUCUACCCCCGAGAUGUGAAAGUGAAGUGGAUAAAGAAUGAGACAGAUGAGAUUUACUCAGAGGAAUCAGCAGAGAUCCUGCCAAACCCUGAUGGCACCUAUCAGAUCAGAGUCAGUGUGGAGGUAACACCAGAGGAGGGCGCCACUUACUCCUGCCAUGUGGUUCACAGCAGUUUGGAGAAUACACUGGUUGUUCCCUUUGAAUCCAAGGAUUUAAGUACAAAUUAUAUCACGAUUGUCAUUGCAGCUGCUCUCUGCCUCCUUCUUGUUUUGCUGGGAUUGUAUGUUUGCAGAAAACGAAGAAUAAAAGGUAUUUACUUUUUUCAAUGA